CGAGCGCUCGGCUGCCAGCUGACAUUAAAGAUGGAGUAAAGCUUGAAUAAAGCUGCAUUAAUGAGCCGGCUGACCUCCUCCGCGCUGCCUUCACAUCACAAGUACUGAUAACUUCCUGCUCGCUCUCAGUGAAACGUGCUCCGGGCCUGAAUAACAUUAAUGAUACACUUUGAGCUGCAGGUGGGCCCGAGCUGUUUUCCACACCAUUAAUGAACCGAGCCGGCGAGCAGAGAAGGUCGUCCGUCUCCGUUUGGCGUGAUGGUAAUCAGCGCUGUAAUGACGGGGGUAAUUUAUGGAGCUGGGCUGGAGACGUCGGGGUAAAUCCAGGUCUCUCCUACACAUGGAGGGGAAAGAGUGACACGUCUGCUCCUCUGUGAUGAGCUGGAUGGUUUGUUGGAUUGAAUGCGAGGUCCUCUCUUCACCCAGGGGGCUUCGAGGCAGGAGACAGAGUCUGAGCUGCUCUCUUGCAGUAAGGACGGUGUGGCGGCGACUCCGGGUCACUGAGACGGCUUCAGAAGAGUCCAGCUGAGUGCAGCCUCCUGCGGUUCUGCAGGUUCCUCUCUCCAGCUAAUAAAGCAGAUCACACACACGUCCUCCUCACACCAGCUGUCUGACUAACAACACGUCCACGCAACGUUUGUUUACAUGGAGCACAGACAGCUGGUACCGGUACUGAUCCGUGUUGAUGAGUUCAUCAGAGAACUGAUGAGCAUGUUGCAGAUUAAUGAUGUGAUGAGCUGUAAUAUCUGCUGUAUAUAACGUUUCCUCUGCUAUGACCCGAGUUCUUGUGCCUAACUCAAAGUUCCCCUUCAGCCUGAGCCCGUCUCCCUCUGACUGCAGGUCCGAGUCAUGUUCCUGAUAUGGAUUUUCGUGCUAUCUGCUCUUCCAAACGCACGUUCUGCCGGCUCCAUCUUCUGCCCCGACCCGGAGGACCAAAACGCAGAACACAUGGCUGAUUGUCUCGGCCUGCGCUUCACCUGGCUCCACUCGCUCCUCGAUAAUUUCCCCUCGCUGGUGAAUUUCGCUCUGAAGCUGCGCUGUGCGACGGGGCUUUGUCCACGCGACCUGGAAGAUUACGGCUGCUCCUGCAGAUACGUGGCCGUCGGAGAGCCCGUGGAUCCUCUGGACCUCUGCUGUGAGACUCACAGGUGGUGUUACCUGAGCGCCGCCCCCUGCAGGCUGGAGCUGCCGCCGCUCCCAGACAACUUCACCUGCUCAGGAGCAAACAGCAGCUGUGACGGCGCUGAUUGGUGUCAGCAGAGGUUCUGUGAAUGUGACCGGGCCGCCAUCGACUGCAUGACUCAGAGCUCGUACAACUGGACCCUGAGAGGCCUCGCAGCCUCGAUGUGCUCGGCUACAAAUCACACAGAUGUGCUGAGCGGCACCGAGCAGUCCGGCGGAACCUUCAGAGGAGCAGAUCUUCUCUCAGCAGGAAACGACUCUGUGAGCUUCCUGCUCUCCAACUCUUCUCUCCUGCCAGCAGAACUGGACCUGCUGAUGGCCGGCGGAGUGGACAACCGCAGUGACAUCACAGGGAUGGACGCUGACCUCAUCACCCCGCCGCCGGGCCCGCCCCUCCUGAUGACACCUGCCGAGGAGUUUGAGGAAGGCGAAGGCGACGCAGAGGAAGAGGCGACGCACACGAGUUUCCUCUCUGAAGAUCUGAAUGAGACUGUGACAGAAGAAGCGCUCAGGCUGGACGAGAUGAAUGGGAAUCAAACGACCCACAAUCCUUCAGCAGUCGGCCACGAUUCGGUUUCGUUCGCCCCCGACAGAGAAACACUGAGCGAAGCAGAAUCAGAGCCGAUCGACUCGUUUGGAGGCAGAAACAUGGAGACGUCUUCACACGCUGACGUCACACCUCAGAGUCGGACUACAACUUUUCUGAGGACUACAACUCCCAGAGAGCCGACGCCAGCUGGUCUGAGAGAGUCAUCGGAGGAAGCAAAACCACAAAUAAAUCCGCCUGAGAAGAAAAAACCAUCCAGUGUGACGCCCUUAAAGUCCUCUGAAGAAGAAGAGGAGGAGGAAGAUGAGGAGGAGGAGGAGGAGGAGGAGGAGGAGGAGGAGCAGAGAGCUUCAGAUGAGCAGGUCGAGGCUUCGCUCACCACGGCGUCCACGACAACCGCUCACACAACGACGACAACACAGACCACGACCACUGACAAGUCCAACGAGGCAACAAGAAGCUCGGCGCCAAGAACUUCAACCGCUCCAACAGGUGGAGGAGGCGUCGCUGUCACAUUCACACCUUCAGCCUCAGAGGAGGGAGGCGAGCACGGCGUCGGCGAGGACACGACGAGUUCUCUGACAGCAACUGAAGGCCCGGAGAUUAUUACCAUGCUGACAGACGGACCCUCGACGAGAAGCUUGCGACCCGACAGCGACCCGGCCAGAACGCCCGACACCGCACGGGAGGAAGAAGUCGGACCGACACCUGCCGCUGCUCCCCCGAGCCCCCCGAGCCCCCCGGGCCCAGGACAAACAGCUCCACAGUCAACAGCUUCACCAUCAACCUCAACAGGAAGCGUCUCUCAGACGUCACGAGGAAGCCGAGUCACCUCCGUCCGUCCCAGACCGGAGUCCAACACGUCCACCAGAACAUGGACCGGACCGACCGAGGCUGAAUCUGCAGAGGAAGCUCCAUGUGUGGAGGGAGAGCUGGCAGACAGCUCGCAGGAGAAACUCACAGAUGACUGGGAGUCGGUUCAGAAGAGGACGGUGCCGUUCUUCGCCUGGUCUCUGCUGGAGUCUGUCGGGCUGACGGACGUGCAGCUGCAGCCGGACAGCGAAGAGUGCAGUCGCUCCUUCACCGUGUACGGCGGCGACGGGCGAGUCAGACAGGAGCUGCCGGCUCUGGGCGAGAUGCUGCACUGUCUGACGGGACGAUGUCCGCACGAGUACGAGAUGUACGGCUGCUACUGCGGGCGGCAGGGCGGCGGUCAGCCUCUGGACCAGCUGGACAGGUGCUGCUUCUUCCACCGCUGCUGCCUGAUGCAGAUCGGCUCGAUGGGCUGCAGGUCGGACAGGAAGCUCAACGCUCACAUCUCCUGCGAGAGCAACAAACCACGAUGUCAGGGCGUCACCGUCUGCGACAAGCUGCAGUGUGUGUGUGAUAAAACCACGGCAGAGUGCAUGUCGGCGGCCCACUUCAACCACAGCCUGCCGUCGCAGCAGUGCCGAGGCCCGGCUCCUCCCUGCCGCCGGGCCAGCAGACCACCCAAACCGCGAGCUUCCCCCGAGUCCAGCGAGUCCAGCGAGGAGCCGCAGGGAGGAGGUUCUGACGCGGAGACGACCGAUGGCACGAAGCACACAGCAGAACCGAACACGCCUCCACCUGCAGCCCAGAACAGUGACGAGAGCUCCAACCUGAAGGACGAGGAGAGGUCGACUCCUCCAGCCGGAUCGUCCAGCAGCGCCGCCACACCUCCUCCUCCUCCUCCUCCUCCUCCUCCUCUUCCUCUGUCCAGUGAGGAGAGAAGAGAGCCGCCGACACACAGCGGGAUUCAAACCCACAACCACAGGCCGAGUGCAGGUCAGAGCCAAGGGCUCCGACCGGCAGGGAGACCAGCAGAGACUGAGGUGAAAGGUGAAGGUGAAGAAGAAGAGGAAGAGGAAGGAGAGGAGGAGGAGGGAGGAGAGGAGGAAGAAGAGGAAGAGGAGGAGGGAGGAGAGGAGGAAGGAGAGGAAGAGGAGAACAGAAACUAGCAGCGGCUGUUUUUCUUUGAGUCACUGUUUUAAAAUGAUUGUCCGAUAAGUUGUAAUUUAUAGAUCUGAUGUAAAGAUCAAAUGUUCAUGUUGAUGUAACAUCGUCAGAACACGUCCAAAGAAGAAGAAGAAGACGAAGAAGAAGAAGAAGAAGAAGAAGAAGAAGAAGAAGAAGAAGAAGAAGAAGAAGAAGA